CAAUCCCUGCCAUGUCAUAAGUCAUUGUUUCCUGUGCUCCACCCAGCUAUCCACCCUCUUUCUGUUUGCACUCCUUCCAUUUAUGGCACGCAGUCAAAUCUAGUUGCUGCUUAUUGCUGCGGAGACCUCCCAACACCAUUCUUUCCUGUCUGUUUUCCCAAUGUCAGGAGGUAGGGGGAUACUCCUGGUUCAGAACAGUCUGCUUUCAUUCAUUCGUUUAGCCAUCGUUCAUUGAGCACUUCUUAUGUGCCAGGCACCGUCUAGUAGCGAUGGUCUCAGGGGUUGAGGUGUGAAGCCACAAGAUGAGAUGCUAGACUUUAGAACCCAGAAGGAGAUUAGAGAUCACCAAGUCCAAGCCUCCUGAUUUUAAUGAUGAAGGAAACCGCAGGAAACCAGAGGGCAAGUCAGCCUCUGGAGGCCUUUGACUCUUCAGGAACUGGGGGCAGAACUCCUUUCCAGGACAAGCCCUAGCUCGGAAGAAAAGGAAUGUGGUUUGGCCGGCUGGUGAGCAGCUGAGGAGGAGCUUCAGGAUGGGCACAGGGCAGGCUCGGGCUGGAGCGUACGUACCGAAGAGGGACACCUGGCAGCCCAUCUCCAGCAAUGCAGCCAUGUUCCCAGUGCGCUAAUCUCUCCGAGGCUCAUGGGGACCCUGCUGCCAGGGGCUCCCCUCGUUGGCUCUUUGCUUCUUCUCAUCAGCCUCUCUGGCUAUUCUGGCAGCAGGUCCUCUCACGUGAACUGGUGGGGGCCCCGUUGUUUUCAGCCUUCCCACAUGGAUGACAAUUUUAUCGAAAGUCCUGCUCUUGACCUUCACCAGAAUGGGGUCUUGUCCAAAAGGUCACAGUGCUCUCUGGUGUGGCGAUGCCCACUCUGCUUCCACUUCCAACUUGCUUUGAACAUGCCAGGUCUUCGAAAGCCCUGGCUUCACUUUCUAAUGUGGAAAUCUCACAAGUCCCCUAAGUUCCAGCUUUGCAUGAGGCUCAGGAUGCCAACUGCUGCCCAGUGGAAGUGGCUAUGUGACUGCUGCCUGGCUAGACAGGGCCACCAUGUUGCUGUCUCCUUCCCAGCUGUGCCCAGCUCGGGGCUGCGCUUAAAAAGGACCCAGUUCAGCCCUCCAGAGAUAGCCGAUGGGAUUUGGCAGCUGCCUGGUUCCCAAAGGCGUAGAGGGCCUGAGUUCUCCUUCGAGCUGCUCCUGGGAGAGAGGGCUGUUCAGGUCACAGCUCCACUGGGCCCUGACAUCAGUGUGAGGCUGUGCCACCAGUGGGUUCUGGAGUGUGAGGAAUUGAGCAGUCCCUUCCACAAACAGGAGACUGUGUCUGGAGGUCACACGGUCCAGCUGCCCUAUGAGUUCCUGCUGCCCUGUCUUUGCAUAGAGGCAGCAUACCUGCACCAGGACAGUGUGCGGAGGAAGCGGUGCCCCUUGAAGGACCAACCUGAAGUCUCACCACAACAGAGAAACUAUCUGGGACGGGGGCAAGAAGAUCGAGCAAGCACCCGACCAGGAGACCUUUUGCCCACAGACAGCAUGGACUUCUGGAGGUCAGUGCAGUUCACUGACCACAGCGACCAGGACCAGAUGGCCAUGAUCCUAACCCUACGCUGCCCAGUGAAGCUCAAGGCCUCCCUGUGCCAGAAACAGAGCUGGCACAGUCCCUGUGAAGACCUUCCCAAUGCCACAGUCUCUGCAUCAGAGGGGUGGUAUGUUUUGGAGAAGGUGGAUUUGCACCCACAUCUUUGCUUCAAGUUCUCUCUUGGGAAUAGUACCCACGUUGAAUGUCCCCAUAGGAAUGCCUCCUCCUGGAACGUGAGCAUGGAUAUCCAGUACCAACAACUGGUCCUGCGCUUCUCCUCAAGGACCCCAGCUGCUUUCAGUGCUGCGUGGUGCCUUCCGGGGCUGGAACAUUCCGAUCCCCAGCUGCCUGUUUACUGUGUCAGCCAGCCUAAUGGUUCCGGCCCAGUGAAGUCAGAUCUCAUCAUCCCCUUACAGAGCUUCGGGGGCUGUGUUCUGGUUUGGAGGUCAGAUGUCCAGUAUUCCCAGAAGCGCCUUUUGUGUCCCGAUGUCUCUCACAGGCACUUGGGGCUUCUGGCCCUGGGGCUGUUGAUGGGGGCUGCCCUGCUGGUGACCAUCCUGGCUUUGAACUACCAGGGCUUACAGAAGCUACUGACAGGCCCUGGUCGACCCAGGCCCGUGCUGCUGCUCUACUCUGCGGACUCGGAGGCGCACCGCCGUCUAGUGGGCGCCCUGGCCGAGUUGUUGAGGGUGGCCCUGGGAGGCGGCGGCGAUGUCAUCCUGGACCUGUGGGAGGGGGAGCGUGUAGCCCGCUUGGGGCCGCUGCCUUGGCUGUGCGGGGUUCAGGCCCGCGUGGCACAGGAGCGGGGCACCGUGUUGCUCCUCUGGAGUCGGACCAGCAGCCAACUCUACCGCCGCUGGCGGGCCGGGGCCGGGCCCAGAUGCGACCAGGACCCCCAGGACUUAUUCCGAGCAGCCCUAAGCUGCUACCUCCAUCCUGGCCCAGGAACUGCUGGAGGGGCUCGACCUCCCCUGCUGGCCUUCUUUAGUAAGCUCUGUGCCAAGGGGGACAUUCCCCGGUCGCUGCGCACUCUCCCUCGUUUCCGCUUGCUCGGAGACCUGCCUCAGCUGCUCAGGGCCCUGGGCGCCGAGGACGCUCGCAGAGCCCCGCGGUGGCUUGGACUCUGGCCAAGGCCCCGGCCCCCGCCCUCAGAGCGCGCAGAUUGGCGGUGCUAUUUGCGGAACCGUCUGGAGCUGUGCCAAAGACUGGAGCGGGAGGCAGCCCAGGUUGAACUGCUCAGCUCGGACAGGGGCUGAGUUGGAAGGGAGUAAGAGAGAGGAGCCUUUGUUCCUCGCUCCUAGGGGGACUGUGGCGCCCAGCAUUAAGUGAAGAGAAGCGAGCUAAGGGGAGGCCAAAACGGUUUCCGCCUCAUAACCUAGCUAGAGCCUUCUCCCUCUCAGAAGUAGGCCUUCCAGCGGAGUGUGUGCAUGGGAGUGGGGAGGAGAGAAGUCUUGGAGGGCGCAUAGAGAGCUCAAAGCAUCUGGCCCCUCUCCCAGCAAAAGGAUUUGGUAUCCUUCCAUCUUCUGCGAGGGGCUGCCUCACUGCCUCCCUCAAACCAGACCUCUGCUGUCGCCAGGUCCUUUCUCACUCCUUGCAUAUGAAUUCUCACUUCUAUUAAAGUGUCUUGAUCAGAGUUCAGAGGUAGUCUUUAGGAUUCCUCGUGUUUCCUCCCUCCUCCCCCCACCCCAGUCUCCCGGUGGGAUAACAGUGAAGAGACCUUUGCUCCAAGCAAGAGAACUGAAACCUAGGAUGGAGGAGGGAAGCUGGGAUAGGAAGCAAAGGAAGGGGUGAUAGAAACAGUUGCGCCUUACUGAUCAGAUGUAAAUACAAGAGAGAAUGUGUGAGCCCAGAGUUCCUGCCCCCAUCCCUUUUCUAGGUAUAGGUGAUCUAAGACCUUUGCCUGUGGUUCUGCUAGCCUCCUUCCUCUGCCCCCAUCAUCUCCAAGAUCUAGGGGGGACUCCAGAGGAAGGGAUUGAGUAAUGAACUUUGCUGAAGCCAGCAGAGCAAAAGAAACUGUUCCAGGCUACUUUAUAUGGCUUGGGAUGCGAUGGGCUACACAAAGCAAACGUGAUGAAUAAAGAUCACUGAAAAUAUGAGCAUGUGAACUUUGAUUAGUUAAUUACAAAGUAUAAAUUUUGAUUAGUUAGUUAUAAAGACAAUGUUCUGGGAGAAAAGAGAAUGAAACACACCUUCUUCCUUUUAGAAAGGUGGGGGGAGGGGAGUUACUGUUAUGUCUGUUCAUUUUACUUGACUUUUUUUUGUUAAAAUCAAGAGUUCAACUGGUGUGUGGAGUAUGUUGGAAAAUAAUAAAAAAAAAUUCAUUGGGGAGGGAGAAAAUUUGAAA